AUGAGUAAUGAAUGUGGAUUAAAGAAAUUCCAUCAAAGGGCUUUACAAAAUAUCUCAACAAAGUCUAGCACAAUUGUAAAUACUUACGACAUGAGACCACCGAGAAAUGCGACAGGACCUAUCAGUCUUAUCUUUCGAUGGCAUGAGUCAAACAGACCCGAAGUUGUUGUCGGUGCUGUGGCCGUUGGGCCGAUUAUAUGUGCUGAUCUACUUGAAGUUCAUAAUUCGUAUUAUUAA